AAACAGGAAGUUUUAGCACUUUACAGCUGUAGGCUAGUUUGCUAGCAAUAGAGUUGAGAGCAAUAGCUGCUUUAAUUUUUAUUUUAAAGUUUUUAUUUUAAUGUCAGUUUUCGCUUUCCAACCAAACAGGUUUUUUUUCCUGUUAUGCUGGCUCAUAAAUGUCGAAUUUCGUGCGGGACAUUUUUACGUAAACGUGCGGAUUUAGAAGAUUAGCCCACUAGCUUGCCUUGAGCUAGCAUUUGUCAGUGUUAGUAGCACUUUAGUGGUAAAUGGUGGCAUCUGGCGUUUCGGUUUGGUUUCGUGAUUCUUACCUGUGGUAUUUGAACCACUGAAAAUGAAAUCAUGGAGGAGCGAAAAUUAAAGAGAAAGAGUCCCAGGACCUCCACCAACACGGCGGCUCCGACGAGUGGGGGUUCUGGCCGAAGGAGCAACUCCUCGCCCGGCGGAAGGCAUGUCGCCGGCUACAGCCACAACAUGGGGUCACACUCCAGCCAAAAGAGCAGGAGCAGGAGGGGAGCCAGAGAGAAACCCAAACAGGGUGUGGGGGUAAAACCGAACCAGAACCAGGGUCAGACGGCUCCUGUCGUCCAGCACUCUUUUCUGACGGAUGUCUCAGAUGUACAGGAGAUGGAGAAUGGUCUGCUCAGUCUCCUCAAUGACUUCCACUCAGGGAAACUCCAAGCAUUUGGAAACGAGUGCUCCAUUGGUCAGAUGGAGCAUGUCAGAGAGAUGCAGGAGAAGCUGGCCCGGCUGCAGUUUGACCUCUACGGCGAGGUGGACGAAAUGCCCGAGAAUCUGAGGAAAACGGCCCGUGACACAAACAUGGACAAGUUACUCCUGAAUCUUGAGGAGUUGAGUUCUUCCAUACAAAAACUCAAUCUGGCGGACACUCAAGAAAUCCCAAAGACGUCCAGCAUGUGAAUGUUUUCUUCUUUUCUCAGCGUUUUUUAAAAAAAAAAUUAUUUUUGUUUUAUUUUCAAUAACGUUAUUUUUGGAUUUCUCUGAGCGAUUACAUUUCUAGAAUGUUUGUUUAUAUUCGUCUGGAGUGGUUCACGCUGCUGCAUGUGUAGGAGCGGGAGAGGGUGGCCUCUCAGAGCAGCACCAGCUGCAAAUGCAAACUUAGUUUCUAUCAAGCUGAAAUGCAGUGGCAGGAAUUUAUCAUUUUUUUUAUUAUUAUGAAUCAGAUGUAAUGCAUAUUUUGCUGCAGGAUAGAGUUUAAUGAAGGUCCUUCGGCAAGCCUGUGUGCACAUUAUUCUGCAGCAUUCUGUCGCAGCAUCCUUACUUGUAGUGUUUUUUUCUUCUUCUAAGGUGUCGAUUUGCAUAUAACUACUAACCAAAGUGAAAAUCGCCACCUAGAAAUGAUCCGUGUGUCACACUAGAUCUCGACCCUCCCUAUAUAAGUUUAAGCAACAUUCAUUCCUGUCCGAGAUGACGAACACUAUUAUCACCUCUACCAGUCAUUGUGGACUCGAUUUGCACAUGUAAAACCCAUUAUCACCAAUGAGUCUGCUAAAGACUCAAUAAUCCAAAUGUUACAAUUACAGCCAUGCCUUAUCUUUUGUCUUCCUUAUUUGCCUUAUUUGUAAACAUUGACAUCAAUUUAUGACACGAGGAGUAAAGACUUUGAUUCUCUGAUAAUCAUUUAAUGCAUUUUAGAUCAGAUUUUAUUUAAUCACCUCUUAUAAGCACUGUUGUGAAAUAAAGUUAUGCGGUUAACAUCAUUGUAUAUUUAUACUGACCUAAUAAAACUGAUGAAUAAAUAA